GUCUGUAAACACACCCAGACUGUCAUGGAGGGGGAGGAGGGGGCGGUGGCUGCGAAAGGAGGCGUUUUGGACCUCCUCCAGGGUCCGCUCUGCCAUUCCUGAACUGGUCCCUCGUCCCCGUGACUGUGGCAUCAGGGAAGAGAACUGUUAGGCGAGAGGAGGCAGUCAGAACCAUAGCCCCUUCUUCCCCCGGGGCGGGGGCCGGGCCGGGCCAGGCCGGCGGAGCCGGGGAGGGCAGGGGGAGGGAGCGCCUGGCCAGGCUGGCCUGCCUGCCGAGAUGGAUGACAGUAAGGUGGUUGGAGGCAAAGUAAAGAAGCCUGGCAAACGUGGUCGGAAGCCAGCUAAAAUUGACUUGAAGGCAAAACUUGAGAGAAGCCGGCAGAGUGCAAGAGAGUGCCGGGCCAGAAAGAAACUGAGGUAUCAGUACUUGGAAGAGUUGGUAUCCAGUCGGGAAAGAGCCAUAUGUGCCCUCAGAGAGGAACUGGAAAUGUACAAGCAGUGGUGCAUGGCAAUGGACCAAGGAAAAAUCCCUUCUGAAAUAAAGGCCCUACUCACUGGAGAAGACCAGAGCAAAUCUCAGCAGAACUCAAGCAGGCACGCGAAGGCUGGGAAAACAGACGCUAACAGCAAUUCCUGGUGAAGAUCAUGUAAAAUGAUGAGUCAGUGAUUGGAGUCAAUAUCCUGAUUCCCAUGAAGGAUGAAUGGGCAAGAUUGUACUUGGCUCCAUUUACUACCUACUGCUCCAUAGUCAUCUCUGUAGAUCUGCAGUUUCUACCAAAUGUGUGAUCAUAGAUCUCAAAGGAUUUUGCUUUAACUUUUAACACUUAGAAAAUUUACAGACAUUCAGACCUGUUCUGGUUGGUAUUGCCACCCAUGGCAUUUAACAUGUUGCAAUGCUUGAAAACACAGGAGUAGAGAAAAUGGGUAAAGAUUGUAUUUUUGCACCUUAACUCCACAUUGCUUUAUUGGUUAAUUUAUAUUCUUUCCAUUGUAAUUGUAUGUGUAUGUGUGUUUAGGUGUCACUUCCUUUCAUGUUUUUGAUUGCCCUGCAAACAGAAACCAAAUAGGCUGAUUACUGACUAAGUUCUUAGCCUUUAUGGACCUAAUUUUUCUCUUUAUAUGUACUUGAGUAACGUCUGUUUUCUGCAUGAACCAUUAAUUCUCCUGUGAGCCAUUCCAGCAUAAGCUGUGAAUAUAUAUUAACCAAUAUAUACAUUUCUAUUUUUAUAAUCCAUAAUGAUAUGCCUGUUUUAAAUAGUGUACAUGUUAACAACAUCUAUCAGGAAAGCCCUCAAGACAGCCUCUAUUUAAAACUUUCGUUGCUGUCGUCUCAAACUGUAUUUAUAACAGUUUGCUAGCGCCUAAUCCAUACUUGGAGAGUAAUCAGUCAAAUUUUAUUUUUGAACAAGAAAUAACCUUUUAGGCAUUUCAGCAGUAUACAACAUCUUGACAACCCAGAGUGUAUAUGUAUUUAUGUGUUUCUGUUGUAUGUGUAUAUGUGUAUGUGGGGAAGGCAGGAGUGAAUGUUCACACACAUUUCCUUGUGUAGUCAACUAACUUGGAAAGUUUUCCUAAAGAGAAUAGACUAAAAUUAGCUGCUGAGAUUGAGUUUCUGCCUCAAGAGAUCUGGAACAAAAUGAGGGGAAAAUUGCUGGUAGAUCAAUUGCUAUAGCCAUAACUAGAACACUUAGUUUAUUCCCUGAUAUGAGUUUCCUUAUGAAUGUGUUCUGAGCCAGAAAGAAACACAGUAGGUGUGCAUCUGGUUCAGCCCCUGCUAUGCCUCCACUCGGGAGUGAAACACUGGAGCUAGAGUUAUGCACAGCACCACACCUAGGAGGUGCCCAAGGGCAGAGUAGUCCUUUCCAGUUCCCAUCUCUGUGACACUGUCUUCCUGACCACCAAAUGGAGGGAUGGUUGAGGAAUCCAGCUCAUACACUCAGAUAGACCUAGGAAUCUUUUGAUUUUCCCAUUGAGACCCUCUCUCUUCUCUUUCUCCUAGUUAAAUGAGGAGUUAUGUUCCCUGUUGCUGCUAAAUUAUAAUUGUCCUUGGCUCUAAUGAAGCAAAUAUUUGGCUUCUAAACAAAAUAUGUUUUGUUAUGAAAUGGUAGUUGAAGAGGAGACAUCAUAUUCUACUUUGUCUGUGAGGUGGAACAUGAGAUGGACCACAUAGUUUCAGAUAACAAGGUACUUCCCCCACCCCUUCUCUUAGGCUAUGCAUUUGAAUAAAGUGCCUCCCCUCAGCCUGAGUUCCUAAAGGUCUCUUGUGCUUAGGUUGUAAACUCGGAUCUCUAGUCCAGUCCUGUGUGACUACUGAUAAACCACUAGCCCAGACUGCUGGGUCUCUCUGUGUUUUGGUGGACGGGGUGGGGUGGGGGGAUGGUUAAGAGUAUUUAAUUUUUUUUAGGAUCAUAAAUAUAGAUAAAGGAUUGUUAAUAUUCAGGCCUUCAGAAUUUAAGUGUUUCAAAUAUAGUGUUCAGGUUGUAAUGGGUCUGUUUUGCCAUCUAGCCUACUCAAAUGUAUAUUUUUUAUUUUGCAAAACAACCCAAGAUGUACUCUAUGUUACUUUGUUCAGUACCUUUUGAAUUCCCCGGAAGAGUUGUUUUCAAAGCAAACAUUCCAAAAUGAAUGUGGCUCUUCAGUGGAAUGUCUCCAUUGUGCUUGAAGUAUUUCUUCUCUGGCUAUCAUUUUAAAUUACAGGGUCAGGUAUCUGAGAUACACCUCCAACCCCAGUAUCUUUACAAGAGCAGUGACUUUGUCCUCAGGUCAGGUAGAAGAUGUAUAACGUUGGGGGAAAGUAAAUUACAAUUUAUUUGAGUUUAUUCCUAAACCUUAUCUGUAAAUUACAAUUUAUUUGAGUUUAUUCCUAAACCUUAUCGGUAUUUUGGAGUAGAUCAAAACCAAGGAACUGUUCCUUGGUUUUGAAAAGGAAGGUUUUGAUUGCUUUGGGUAUUGAGCUCACUGCAUGCUUUGGCCACUUGAAGCACAUUAAUAAAUGUCACUGAUUAAAACAGCUGGAGCAUAUCUUUCCCCAUUUCAGUUAGGGAGCAGCAUACUUAAAUCUAGCCUCUCUCCCCUACCUAUAAUGCUGGCUGAGAGGACACAGAAGAGGGUGAGACAGUGAACUCAGUCCCUCUGGAGCAGUGGUGUUCUCCUUGCUCUCUGAGUCACAGAGUUGUUGUUUUUUUUUCUUUUUAACCCAAAGAAAGGAAGGUAAGGGGGGAAAUGUGUUUGUAUAGUUAGACCAAUCAUAAUCUGUCACUAAUUUAGCAUAGACCUGCCAUAUAUUAGAGCGACUGAAUAUAAUAUGGAAUAAGUUUGACCAGGUCAAGUUUUAGGAUAUGGUUGAAGUUCUUAAAUUUUUUUUCUAUUUUACCUAAAAUCUUUUUAUUGUAUUUAAAUCAGAAUCUAUCUUAUUGCAGUAAAUUCAUGUAGCAGUUUACCAGCUAAUUGGCAGUAUUUAUCAGCUUCACCAUUUAGCAUUUUCUCUUAUCAUCUUUGAAUUAUGAUAGACUUGAUCUGGCUUAUUACAAAAAGUGUAGGUUUAAACUGGACUUGCCUUUAGUUAAAAUAAAGGGAAAUAUAAAUGCUGUA